UUGCGCGUCCACCGCGGCUGCGCGCUCUCAGCCAGCAUCAUCUCCAAGCAGAGGAGCGGAUCUCUCCGCUCCGGCGUCCUGACGGCUUCAUACACAGACAAACACCUACAUUACACACGCUUCUGAGAGAUAAAAAAAAGGGAGACAGAAGAAAGAAAUGUUGCCUGGGCAACACAUCGGUGUGUGAAGGAGGACGACGCUGUGGAAGCCGAUCUGCUGUUCCUGAGCUGUGAGGCUUUCCAAACGUUUCAGCGUUUCGGGACAGAGACGGGGACCAGGGGAAAAUGCUCAAAGUUUGCCCGUGUAAUCUUCCAGCGCGUAGUGGCUGCAGGACAUGAACAGGAAUUAGACGAAGAAUGCGUUUUCUUUGGGAUUUAUGUUUGAUUUUGCAAAUGUACAUCAUCUGCAAUCCGUCAGCUCAGCCUAUUAUGUCCAAGCUUGAUGAGAGUUGGUGGGCAUACAAGGAUGUGGUCCAGGGAAGCUUUGUUCCAGUCCCAUCUUUCUGGGGUCUGGUCAACUCGGCCUGGAACUUGUGUGCCAUUGGGAAGAGGCAGUCCCCCAUUGACGUGGAAACCAGUCACAUGAUCUUUGACCCCCACUUGACCCCUCUCAGGCUGAACACAGGAGGACGGAAGAUGGGUGGCACCAUGUACAACACAGGGAAGCAUGUGUCGCUGCGACCGGACAAAACACACCUGGUAAACAUCUCUGGCGGCCCCCUGGGUUACAGCUACCGACUGGAGGAGGUCCGCCUUCACUUUGGGAGUGAAGAUGCUCUUGGUUCAGAGCACCUCCUAAAUGGGCAAGGCUUUCCUGGAGAGGUCCAGCUUAUCCAUUAUAAUCAAGAUCUGUAUGCCAACUACAGUGAAGCAUCUAAGAGCCCUCAUGGCAUCGCUGUGGUCUCCAUCUUCAUUAAGCUCUCAGAAAACUCCAACGCCUUCCUCAACCGUAUGCUCAACAGAGACACCAUUACCAGAAUUAACUACAAACAUGAUGCAUUCUUACUAAUGGGCCUGAACAUAGCUGACCUUUACCCUGACACCAUACGCUACAUCACCUAUGAGGGCUCUAUUACGAUCCCUCCCUGCUACGAGACCUCUACAUGGAUCCUCAUCAACAAGCCAGUUUAUGUGACACAGAUGCAGAUGCACUCUCUGCGCCUCCUCAGCCAGAAUGAGCCAUACAAGAUCUUUUUGAGUAUGAGCGAUAACACCCGGCCCGCCCAGCCUCUGCUGCAGCGCUGCAUUCGAACCAACAUUAACUUCAACAAGCAAGGCCGUGACUGCCCCAACAACCGCGCCCUCCGCCCACAGUACAGAGUGAAUCAGUGGCUCCUGAAGUAAGAUCUAAGCAAGUGGCACCACAACCAGUGCAGCUCCGCAAUAGAAAUGGCAGGAAUGCUUCCUGUCUCCUUCACUGUAAAACUGUUUGAACUGAAUAAACUGCAGAAGUCCUGAAUGCAAGACUCAACAACUGCACUUCACUAAAGACAGCUUUACUCAACUAACGUCGGCUAAGCUCAGCUAAUUGAACUCCUGGCCAGAUGCUGUGCAGGCCUCCUCCAUACCCCCAUGGUAAUACACCUCACUAUGGCCAGCACAGCAGCGGGGUAGUUCAGCCCAAAACAUUAGGUCAUAAGGCUGCUGAUGUCACCACUGUAUAUGUUUUUAUUUGUUGUUUUAAACUUACAAAGAAUGCUUUUCUGCCUGGGUUUUAGUUGGAUGGAUGUAAGGACAUGAGUAUAUGGUGUCAUCCCUCCAACCCAGGCUUCAAAGAGCAAUUAUUAAAAAUUUUAUUCACUCACUGAAAGAGUUUACAUUUCUACAGAAGGCCUGUACGACUGGCAAUAAAGAAUACUCAGCUGUGGUGUGUGAAUGAUAAAAAUAUCCUGCUCAUCAUAUGAAAUAAAAAGGAGAAAAUGUCA